AUGAGUACCUUUGGGUACAGCAGGGAGCUGAAGAAGUACGAGGAGGUGGAUGAAGAUGAGCUGUUGGCCACGCUCUCCUCCGAGGAGCUCCAGGAGCUGGAGAGGGAGCUGGCAAACCUUGACCCUGACGAUAACGUCCCCAUCGGCCUGAGGCAGAAAGACCAGACCGCAAAAACCCCAACGGGGAACUUUGACAGGGACGCUCUGCUUAAAUACUGGGAGGACGAGAACAAGAAGCUGCUGGAGGAUGAGAAGGUGGAGUCCAACACCGUACAGGGGCGGCCAGAUAAGAGCAGGGGGGAGCGAGCGUCAGCGACCAGCAGCAACGCCGGCAAGACUCUGGACAAUGACAGGAAGAAGGCUUCAAAUAGGGAGAAGAAGGCGCAGGGUGUUUUGGGCAAAAACGGUGCCAAGGUAGACGAGGCGGAAAAGAGAGAUGAGUGUAAAAAGGAGGCUCCAAUCAGGAAUAAAUGUCCUCAGAAGAACAGUCUGUCGAAAGGCUCCAGGAGUGAAUUGAGGAGGACUGAAACCGCAGACCAAAACACGAACGUGACCUCUGACAGACCGAGUGGGAACCCCAUCGUCAUCGACAAAGCUCUGGAGCAGAUUCUGGGUGACGAUCCCACCAUGGAUGAAGUCAACCUCAACAACAUCGAAGACAUCUCCCAGGAGACCUUGCUUCGCUUCGCUGAGGCCCUGUGCACAAACACUCAUGUGCAUGUUUUCAGUCUCGCCAACACCCACGCCGAUGACCGGGUCGCCAUUGCCAUCUCCAAGAUGCUCCGUGAGAACUGCUCCAUCAGAAACCUGAACAUCGAGUCCAACUUUGUGUCCGGUCAAGGCAUCCUGGCUCUGCUGGCGGCGCUGCAGCACAACAGGACGCUGGUGGAGCUUCGCUUCCACAACCAAAGGCACAUCUGCGGGGGUAAGGUGGAGAUGGAGAUGGUCGCGUUGCUGAGGGAGAACACCACUCUGCUCAAGCUCGGCUACCAGUUCGACCUCCCGGGCCCCAGGAUGACGGCGACCAGCAUCCUGACACGCAACCAGGACCAACAGCGACAGAAGAGGCUUCAACAGAAGAAGGAAGAGAGUCCUCCAGAAGUGCCGGGACAAGUUUCCGGUUCAUCUGCAGAAAACAGACCAUCAAAAAAGCCGUCGCAAACUUCUAAGACUGUUGAGAAUCAGAACAGAAACCCUCCCCCGCCUCCUCCAUCUCUCGAUCCACCCAUGAGGAAGAUCUCUGAGAUGGUCAAACAGCUUGAAGGCUCAAACAGCACAAAGGGUCAGUCGAAUCAGAGGAAGCCCAAGUCAAAGAAGCUCAAGAAUGGUGCCAACGAAAAGGAGAGCGCUGAUAUUCUCAAAGACCUGAAGAACGCCUUGAAACCAUCACUGCAGAAGAGACGAGACGAACCGUCCCGCCUGCCGCCGCCACAGAGGUCAAGCCGUGACGACCUGAUGGCGGCGAUUCGUGGAAGCAGCAUCAGGUCCUUAAAAAGGGUGGAUCUGUCGCAGGCCUGA